AGAGGGCAUUGUCAGUUCCGGGGAGGAGGAGCGUGGCCAGAUCUAGGAGGAAGACAGGGGGCCAUUUGUUUACCCAAAGAAAGAAGACGAGAAAGCCUAAUUCAAAGGAAUCAAAGUUGUCCUGAGCCUGGCCCUCUCUGCUUCGUGUGCCAAGCACAGACUUCCUGCCUCGCCCUCUGGUAUCUUCCUGCCUGUCUUCCCGUCUUCCAGGAGUAACCGCUGGCUGGUCCCUGCACUAGGGAAGAGAAGGAGCAGGUGGAAAACUCAGCAUCCAGCAUUGCUUGGGUGUGCCUUAAGCUGCAGUCUAGGAAAUCAUAAGUCAACUCAAUGUAGCCACAGACCAUAGUGCUUAUGGCUGGGAGCCAGGAACAAGAAAGUCAGGAUUUAUUCACCUGCACCACUUCCAGGUUGCACAAUUUAGGAAUGUUCAACAUCACCCGAGACUUAAAAGAAACUCUUCGGCAGCACUUCAUCUUCCAGAAGCUGGAGAUCUCCUAUGCCAUAUGCAAGCCAUUUCCCUUCUUGGAAGGCCUCCGAGACAAAUCCUUCAUCUCUGAGAAAAUGUACACGGAGUCUAUGGAAGCCUGUAGAAAUAUGGUCCCUGUGUCCAAAGUGGUAUACAACAUUCUCACCAUACUGGAGGAUCCAUUUAAUCUGUCAUUUCUGGAAAUGUUGUUCAGUCAGAUCAAUCUACGGGAAUACCCCAACCUGGAGGCAAUUCACAGGAGCUUCAGAAAUGUUGUCGCUUCCUGUGGAGGAUGGAGAAGAACUGUCUUUGAAGCCCCAGCCAACUCAACAGGUAGAAACCCCCGUCAGAACCUGCUGCCACUGCCUGCAGCCCAACGCCCCCCAAUGAGAUGCCCGACCCCUGUGCCCAGAGUCAGUCAGCCCAGAGCAAUCCCACAGCACAGCAAUAAUGUCCUGGACAAGCCACCCAGCUCUGCUGGCCCUGCCAACGCUCUCCAAAGAGUCAUCCAGGAAGGAAGGACCACUCCAGUGGUCAACUUAACAUCCCACAAAAAUGAUGAAGAAGACUCACAACAGAUGUCCAGCACUCCCCCUGCAACUGUGCAAGUGUCCAGUGACCACCCGAUCCCUCAAGCAAAAGAUAAAGAAAAGGCUCAAGAGAUGCCCCAGGCUCCCUCAGCCCAUGAGCCAGUGAUAAGAAAUGAUUCUCCUGAACCAAAUGAUCCAGCAGAGCCCCAGGAGGCAGCCAGCACACCUCUCCUCAGGAAAGGAAAGAAAAGAAAAAGAAGUAUGUGGUCAGUUCCUAAAAAGAGACAACAGAAAAAAAGACUUCCCAGAGGACUGACCUCACCUGGGCACAGAAUCCAAGAGAAGCUCCAAAUGGUGAAUCAGGAGACUCAAAGGAAGAAUGACUCAACCAGGAACACAAAGGUGGCGAUAAGGACCCAAAAGGCAAGGACUGAAUGUGCCCAGACAUCUGGACCUGAGGAUCCCCUGGAUGAUGGAAGCAGACUGCCUCUGAGGAAAUCUCCGAGGAAAAAGGGAACCACCUCAUCUGUGCCCAGAACCCAACAGAAGCCUCAAAUGGUGGAUCAGGCAACUCAAAAUAACAACUCAACCAGAAACCCAAGGAUGAUGACAAGGGCCCAAAAGGCAAAGACUGAAUGUGCCCAAACAUCUGGACCUAAGGAAAAGAAAAAAAAAGAUGUCUGUUCCAGUUCAACAAUAAGUUGUCAGAAAAGUAUUUCCUAUAAGGAAAAACCCAAAGAUGAUGCUGUGGACUUUCAGUCUCCUACACUUCCUGUGACCUGUGGUGGGGAGACGGGGAUUUUAUAUAAGGAGAAAAUGAAAAAAGGACCCUCAGAGAAGUGCAUUCAGAAUGAGGAGGGAGUUUGGUUCACACCAAGAGAAUUUGAAAUUAAAGGAAGAGGAACAAAAUCAAAGCACUGGAAGCGGGAUGUGCGUUGCAAAGGACAGACCCUACAACAGCUGAUGGAGAAAAAAGUUUUGUUCUGUCCUCCAAGAAUAAAUUUCAAGAGAGAGUGGGAAAAUGCAAAGGAAUGUGAGGUGUGCUGUAGAGGGGGACGGCUGCUCAGCUGUGACGCCUGUCCACGAGCCUUUCAUGAAGACUGUCACAUCCCGCCUACAGAGGCUAAGAGGAGCCCGUGGAGUUGCACCUUCUGCAGGAUGAAGGAGUCUUCAGGAAGUCAACAGUGUCUCAGGAGACCUGAGGUCUUGAAGAGGCAGAUGGGGCCUGAGGAGCAACUGAAAUGUGAGUUCCUCCUCUUGAAGACCUACUGUCAUCCACAAAGUGCCUUUUUCGCAAAGACCCCAUGCAACAUCCGAGAUUACGCAGAGCCCUUUAGGGAAGCCAUGUGGCUGGACCUGGUGAAGGAAAGGCUGACUGAGAGGAUGUACUCAGUGGAAUGGUUUGUACGGGACAUACGCCUGAUCUUUCGUAACCACAAAACUUUUUACAAGGCUUCUGAUUUGGGUCAGAUAGGACUGGAUUUAGAGGCAAAUUUUGAAAAAGAUCUCAAAGAAGUGCUUAUUUUUCAUGAGGCCAGUGAGUACAGUUUCCGGGCUCCUUCUUGACCCCAUUCUAAAAGGACUGAGGCACCUCCACUUCAGAAUCCAGAUGAUGUAACCUUGGUCAUCUUUAAAUUCCCAGUGAGUCUCUGUCCCCUUGACUCAAAUCCAGGCCCUUCAUAGUAUCAUCACACCUUCUACCUCCUUUUAGUGUUUUUUGUU